ACUGCCGUAGCUUGGCGCCUUUUCAAAGCACCUGAACGCGGGUCAAAAUGGAAAAGGUCCCUCUCUUAGUUUCAACAGAGUGGUUAAAUCAACGAAUUAGUCAGUCAGCCACUGAAAAGCUUCAUAUACUUGAUGUUACUUGGUAUAGUAGCAGAGAUGCCAUGCAAGACUUCGCCAAAAGACACAUACAAGGUGCAGUGCAUUUUAAUCUCUUCCAAGGCGUUAAACUAACCCCAGAAGAUCCUCGUAAGCUAGCUGAUGCUGCUGCCUUUGAAAUGAAUGSAAGAGGCGCAGGCGUCGAUGAUGAUAGUCAUGUGAUCCUAUGUGACGGUUGUGAUGAUAGAUGUGGAUUCUUCACUGGACCUAGAGUAUUGUUCAUGUUCAAGAUUUAUGGACACGACAAGGUGUCUAUCUUAAAUGGAGGCCUCGAAAAAUGGAUAUCAGAUGGCUAUGAAACAACCGACAUGUGCCUAAAAAUAAGGGAAGGUAAUUUCAAAGCAAAGCCUGCAGAAAAAUGGUUGGUAAGCUAUGAUGAUAUGGCCAAGAAUCUAAAAGAGAAAAGUUCUCAAGUAUGUGACUCAAGGUCUGAGAAACUGUUCAAAGGUCAUGUAAAUGACCCCAAUACUGGCCAUUAUCCUGGAGCAGUAAACAUACCCUAUCAAUCACUAUUAGACGACAAAACACGUUGUUUAAAGACCACUGGAGAACUAAAACAGGUUUUCAAGGAUGCUGGGAUUGAUCUCAGUAAGCCAGUUGUUACAAUGUGUUUCAGUGGCAUGUCGUCAUCUGCUCUGGCUUUGGCUGCCGAUUUGUGCGGGUGUCCUGAUGUACGCGUCUUCUUUGGAGGAUUUAACGAGUGGAAGAAUAAGGCAGGUCCUUCGAACAUUGCUUGGAGCCAAGAGAAAAAGAACUAAGCUUAAUUGAUACAGUUUCUCUUGAUGGAGCUAUUACACGGGAAACACAGAUUAUAUA